GUCGAAUGAUAUUGUGAAGAUGGUGUUGCCGUCUGUGGGUCUCGCCUCAUUGUUCGCAAGAAGCAGGACAUUCACGAAAUGGAGUUGUGGAAUAUCAAGGCGGUAUCUGUCAAGCUCGCCUCAGCAUGACCCUCUGCGUGUGCUCUUCUGUGGCGCGGAUGAUUUUAGCAUAUAUUCACUGAGGGCAUUGCACAAAAUCAAAACAGAGAACCCCGACAGGGUAGUCUCUAUUGACGUGGUUUGCAGAAAGGACAAGCGCGUUGGCCGAGGCUUGAAGCAGAUUCGCGAAGUCCCAAUCAAAAGUGUGGCGGGCACUGUGCUAGGUCUCAAUGUACACCAAAUUGACACAUUCACUGGCUGGACGCCGCCUCAACCUUUCAACCUGGUGGUCGCAGUUUCCUUUGGCUUGCUUGUCCCACCACGCAUUCUCAAUGCUGCAAAGUAUGGUGGUCUUAAUCNNUUGCCUGGUCCGGCACCACUGCAUCACACAUUACUGCGACGCCUUGGUAAAACUGGCGUCACUCUACAAACACUACAUCCCAAGCAUUUCGACCAGGGCAGAAUAAUUGAUCAAACUCCUUCUUCCGGGCUUUCUAUCCCAGAAGAAAAAUUAGCCACUCUGGACUCACUACUGGCUUGGAUUGGACCAAUCGGUGCUGGUAUGCUCUACAAAAACAUCAUGAAUGGCAGCUUCGCCACAGACACCGCAAUUAAGCCUGCAGCCAGCCGAAGCCUCAAGAACACAAGGAAUGAUUUGUUCGGUCAGCUGGAUGGAACAGCCGAGUAUCCUCGUCAUGCCAGAAAGAUCAUACCAGAAGACCGACACGUCAAUUUCCGCUGGCCGUCUUCCGAGAUACUUCUUAGAGACCGCGUGCUUGGCCGCCUGUUCGCAUCUGAUACAGGCCUUGCGCCGAAGAAGCGGAUUACCUUCCAUGGAUUCGAGGACACAACCGAUGCUUGCUGGGAACAAGUCCAAGCCAAGGGUCCGAUCCUCCGAAUGGGCAACCAUCCUCUCGACCCUGGUGCUAUCUCAAUGUUCAGACACGAUAGGGAGAAACGCAUAUUCUUCCGCACCAAGGAUGGUUGGGUUAGCCCGACAGAAGUCACCAUCGAGGGCAAUCCUAAACAGAAGGCAGCAAUCAUCUACGACAAAUUAAGGCAAACGAUGCCUGUAACUUGCUGC